AUGCUGAGGCUGUUUUUCAUCCCGAGCAUUGGGUUGGCACCAUCGUGGUGCUCGUUCCUGGACAACAUCACCGAGGAAUUGGAAGAGAGCAAGCAGAAGACUAUUUUCGAGGAUUUUCAGUUCGUUACCAAAGAUCAGCUUGAACAGCUUGGUGCGACUGAGUUGGUUGGCACCAAAUAUCUCCAGCCCUACAUGCAUGGCUUCUUUAUGGACUACCGGCUUCACGCCAAGCUAAAAGCCGCCCUGGAUCCUUUUGCCUUCGAGGAGUAUCGCAAGCAGAAGGUCAAAGAACGGCUGGAAGCGAAGCGAACCAUGCGAACACGCAUCAGGAACAACAAGGUAGACGUCAAUCCCAGCUUCCACGAACAGUUGCAGCUCACAGCAGAGGAAGGCUCUGGAGUUGGGGCAUCGAAGAAACGGAAGGAGGCUGCAGACAAAGCAAAGCGGAUUCUGCAAGAUCAGCGAUUCCAGGCCUUGUUUGCAGAUCCGGACUUCACCAUUGAGGACAGUGGCCAGCACAGCAAGGCUGAUGGAGCACCACUGCUACCAAAAAGGAUCAAGAAGCAGGUGUGA